UUGUGCUGUCAAAUUCCAGUUUGUUAUUUAUUCUUUAUUACCAUAAAAAGCAGUUUUUAAAUUGUAAAAACAUCUACUAAAGGUGUUUUGUUGUGUUUCGGUUCUAUGUGAAUCAAAUUCUUGUGUAUUUCAAUUACUACAAUGACCACCAAAUUAAAAACCCACAAAGCAAUCCCCAUCUACAUAGUGGAGGACCACGACGAAGCCCUAGCUCACAUUUACAGAAACAUAGGCUCAAAACAUCUACCAUUCACCAACAACUACAUGAUACACUUCGAUUCCCAUCCAGAUCUCUCGAUUCCUCGUUCCAUGCCAGGACAUGUAGCCCGAGACAGGUAUAAAAUAUUUGAUGCUGUCAGUAUCGAAAGCUGGAUUUUACCAGCAGCUUAUAAUGGUUAUAUUAAUCGUAUUGCUUGGGUCAAACCACCCUGGUCAGACCAGAUAGCCGAGGGUAAAUAUAAGUUUGAAAUUGGUGACAAUGAAUCGGGGCACGUUAGUGUUAAUAGUACACUCGAUUAUUAUGUUUCUGAAGGUGUGUAUUGUCACAAUUUGCAAGGUGAGGUGAGAGCGAUUGAGUUGGAUGUUGUGGCUUUAGGCGAGACAUCAGGAGUAAGUUUAACUAAAGAUGUCACUAAGUAUAUUUUGGAUAUAGAUUUGGAUUACUUUAGUACGUAUAAUCCGUUUAAACUAAUGUACAAUCGUGGUGGUGUGUAUGAAGAGUUGCAAAAGAUAUUUGUAUACACAAAGCCUGAUGUAAAGUCUCCUCAAAGUAUUCAAGAUACUCUACGAGCACGUACUGAUUUGCUAAAUGAACUAGAGCAACUAUUUCAAUACUUGGAUAAGCACAGGAAUUUAGACAAUUAUUCAGAUACAACCUCCAGCAACUACAAUAAAGUUCGGGAGCUCCAAAACCUAGUUUUGAACCAUUACAAUGAUGAUGAUAUCGAUUGGAUGAUUAUGUACAAUGCAGGGUGCACGUGGGAUGAUCCUGAACAUGUUUUACCGCAUCACGAAAGUACAGAGGAGGAGUUAAAAGAGCUUUAUGCAAAGUUUGAGGGUUUUAUAGCGAGUUUAAUAGUGCCCCCGACUGUUAUUACAAUUGCGAGGUCUUCGCAGGAUAAUUAUUGCCCCCCACAUCAAGUAGAAGAUAUACAGUCGACUGUCUUGAGUAUAUUGGAGAAGAAAUUUAAUGUUUUUUUUACGUUUGAUUAUAUGAGCUCUGAGGAUUAA